UUUGGAUCCACUGCAGAAGACCCUCCCCAUGUCGACAACGACUGCCGCGGACAUCAACGCCGCGUUCAACAACAACAGCUUGGACAUCAAAGAAGAUGCUGUGGCCACAUGCAUAGAUCUAUGCAAAGAGUUCGCUCUGUCGGCGGAAUCGCUGGCCGAGCAAUGGGAUGUUUUUGCCAUGAAUGCGUCAAUAAAAGUUGCCACUGUCGAUUCCCUCGGCAAGUUUCGCGCGAUGCUGUUUGACCAGGCAAACAAAAGAUCCAUCAAGCGAGAAACCAAGGAAACACUCAAGAGUAAACCCAUGGUGAAGAAGGAGCCGAUCGCUUCCGUGUACGGAAUUCAACUCCCGACAGUCCACGACACUCCAAAAAAGCGCCAAGCAUCUGCGAGCUUCCAAAGCCCCGACGCCAAGAUAUUGAGGACCUCGGUCUUUUCUCCAUCGUCGUUCCAGUCCCCACCGACCGCCGAGUAUGCGUCCCGCACCAACGCCGGCGAAGUGGUCGACUCUUUCAACACAUCGCUCAAGUCUCAGAUCGAACCGGCGGAAUACCGCAGUGAUUCAGUCGAAGUAGAACGCCUUCAUGGCGACAAGCAGAUGAGUCCUUCGGCCAACUUCAUGUACACCUCCAUGUCGGACCGAGCAAUUGCACUAGACACGUUGCUCGUGGACUUUCAAACGCGCAUGGAAGCUCAGCUAGGCAUCGAGUUUGGUGCGGUCGGUGAUCCGUCUCCCUCCCAAGUGACAGUGUGUGGCCGCAUUGUGUGCGAAGCACCCGAGGGCAAGCUGAACGCGAGUGUCAUCCAAUUGGAAGGUGCUCGCAAGCACUGCGGCGGUCAACGCGUGCUGCUCGAUUUGAGCCAAGUGCCCGCCCUCGAAGCAUUCCCUGGCAAGCUGGUGGCCGUCGAAGGUAUUUACAACGACACACGCAACCCCAUGCAAGUCAAGCGAUUCAUCGAGCCGGAGCCUCUCGCGAUGGUUGAAUCGAUUGCGAACGACAGUGCCCCGAUUCGAGUCUUCACCGCGGCAGGACCUUUCACGGCCAACAACGACCCGCAGUACCAGCCGCUUAGCGACUUGAUCAAGGUCGCGGCCAAGCAACGACCCGAUGUUGUUAUUUUGAUGGGGCCAUUUAUCGACGCCAACCACGCUAAGGAUGGGAUUGUAUCGUACGAUAACGUUCUCGUUAGUUUCGACGACAUUUUUCUGUUCCAGAUCAUUACGAAGUUCAACACGCUCUUAGCCGAACUGCCCAACUGCCACUUGGUCCUCAUUCCGUCCGUCCGCGAUGUCCAGCACCCGUACGUGUACCCGCAGCCUCCAUUCGACCGCAAAAAAGUCUUCGAAGGCCUCGACUCGCCCGACUUUCAAAAGCGCGUGCACUUGCUGUCGAACCCCACGACGUUCACAAUCAACGGCACGGUAUUCGGCGCCACGACGAGCGACAUUUUGCUCGAACUGGGCGGUGCCGAAUUCCACCGAUCCCAGCAAGCGGCCCAGCAACAGCGCCUUUUUCGACUCACAGAACAGCUCUUGCGCCAGAACAGUUUCUUUCCGCUGUUUCCGUCUACGGGCGACACUCCGUUGGAUCUCAAGUACAUCGACCAGUAUCAAUUGCCCGUGCGACCGGACGUGCUCCUCCUUCCGUCGGUUCUCAACCGAUUCUGUGGCGCCGUGCAAGACACUCUUUGUGUAAACCCAGGCCAACUGUCCAAAGGUCAAGCUGGUGGCACGUACGCCGAAAUCACAAUCCUGCCCAAAGGCCACCACGAGUCCCCCGAACCGCAUCAAGUCGCCCAGCGCACGCUAGUCGAAGUCAAGCGCAUAUAGUUGUACCAACAAGUGUACUCGGUCUAAACUCGAUGUUUGAGUGCAUCCAACGAACUGUCGUCGAG